AUGGAUGCCUCCUGGAAACAAGACUCUUUGAUAGCAGGUCUAGCAGGUACAGUGAGAGACAACCAAGGCAAGUGGAUCAUUGGGUUCCAUGGGAAAGCUAUGGCGGAUUCCAGCUUAAUGGCGAAACUCCUUGCUAUAAGGGAAAGCAUCAGAAUCGGCAUUGAACAAGCUUGGACAGGAUUGAUACUAUCUUCUGAUUGUAAAGAGGCAGUGGAGCUUAUAAAUUCAAAUGUACGGGUGACGGGAAAUUAUAUUAAUCUUGUUUUGGAUUGUAGGGAACUGAAGAAUCAGCUCUUAGGUUCGCUCCUUCGGUUCGAGGGUAGAGGGACAAACAAACUGGCGGACCAUAUGGCGCGAAAAGCAAGAGCAGACCAGAGCCAAAUUGGGAGCAUCGAUCUUUUAUUCCAACCACAGGAGUCUUGUAAUGAUUUGUAUUUGUCAGAACUCCAACCAGUUCUAGAUGUUAAUUCGCGAAACUUUCAUGAAUCUGUACCCUAA